AUGCCUGAGUUUGAGAUUGUGGCGGACUUCAAGCCGACGGGGGACCAGCCGGAUGCGAUUGCGAAGGCGGUUGCAGGCGUCGAUGAGGGGCUGAGGCAUCAGGCGCUGCUGGGGGUUACGGGGAGCGGCAAGACUUUCACGAUGGCGAAUAUCGUCGAGAAGGUGCAGCGCCCUACGCUGGUUAUCGCUCAUAACAAGACGCUUGCGGCGCAGCUUGCUACGGAGUUCAAGGAGUUCUUCCCGAAGAACGCGGUUGAGUACUUCGUGAGCUACUACAACUACUAUCAGCCUGAGGCUUAUGUGCCGCGCACGGACACUUACAUCGAGAAGGACUCGGACAUCAACGAGGAGCUGGAUAAGCUGCGGCAUGCGGCUACGCGGUCGCUGCUGACGCGGCGGGAUACGCUCAUCGUGGCGUCUGUGUCCUGCAUAUUCGGUCUGGGGUCGCCGGAGGAAUACCAGAGCUUCGUUGCGUAUGUGAGGAAGGGCGAGAUUCGGAACCGCCGGCUGCUGAUGCGGCAGCUUGUUGAUAUGCAGUAUGAGCGCAACGACAUGGACUUUGCGCGGGGGAACUUCCGGGUGCGCGGGGAUACGAUGGAGAUUUUGCCUGCUUAUGAGGAGUUGGGCAUACGCAUCGAGUUCUGGGGGGAUGAGGUGGAGCGCAUCGUGGUGGUGGACCCGCUGACGGGGGAAUUGCUGGGGGAGCGCGACGAUAUCGAGAUAUACCCUGCGAAGCACUUCGUGACGUCUCAGGAGAAGAUGAAUCUUGCUAUACAGGACAUCGAGGUGGAAAUGGAGGAGUGCGUUCGGCGACUGAAGGAAGAGGGGAAGCUGCUGGAGGCGGAGCGGCUGGGGUCUCGGACUAGGGCGGCGGGCAGCACGCCGUACACGCUGAUGGACUACUUCCCGGAAGACUAUCUGCUGUUCGUGGACGAGUCGCAUAUGACGCUGCCGCAGAUACGGGGGAUGUAUCGCGGAGACCAGUCGCGCAAGGAGACGCUGGUGGAGUUCGGCUUUCGGCUGCCGUCCGCACUGGACAACAGGCCGCUGAACUUCGAGGAGUUCCAGGAGCAUGUGAACCAGGUGGUGUAUGUGUCGGCGACGCCGGGGCCGUAUGAGCAUGAGCACAGCCAGAGCUUCAUUGAGCAGGUGAUACGACCGACGGGUUUGCUGGACCCGGAGGUGGAGGUGAAACCGACGACGGGGCAGAUAGACGACCUGUUGUACCAGAUACGAGAGCGGGUGGCGAAGGGUCAGCGCUGCCUGAUAACGACGCUGACGAAGCGGAUGUCGGAGGAGCUGGCGGAUUACCUACGGGAGAUGGGUGUGAAGGUCCAUUACCUGCACUCGGAGAUAGACACGCUGGAGCGGAGCGAGAUUCUGCGCGACCUUCGGCUGGGGGUCUAUGACGUGGUGGUGGGCAUCAACCUGCUGCGUGAGGGAAUUGACCUGCCGGAGGUGAGUUUGGUCGCCAUACUGGAUGCGGACAAGGAGGGUUAUCUACGGUCGCUGACGGCGCUGGUGCAGACUAUCGGGAGGGCGUCGCGGCAUGUGGAGGGGAGUGUCAUCAUGUAUGCAGACAGGGUUACGGACUCUAUGAGGCAGGCAAUCGAUGAGACUUAUCGGCGGCGCACGAUACAGGAGGCGUAUAACCGGGAGCAUGGGAUUACGCCGCAGGGGAUACGCAAGAAUGUGCGGGACAUCACGGAGCGCGUGAGGGCGGUGGCGGAGCAGGCGACGCCGUACAUAACGCACGACGAUAUACCGAAGGAUGACCUGACGCGGCUGAUAAAGGACCUUGAGGCGCAGAUGAAGAUGGCUUCGCGGGCGCUGGAGUUCGAGAAGGCGGCGCUGCUGCGAGACCAGAUUGUCGACCUGCGUAAGGUGCUUGUGGGGUAG